AGUGUGCUGAGCCUCCCCGUGCAGUUUCCUCUUAUUCGGGGAAUGGCCUCUUACGCUGUCAUCUGGCCUUCCUGCAGCCUUGUCCAGGAGUAUAUCGAGCACGGAACAACUCCAGCGAACGCCGACUGGGCCAGAGCAGGCCGGUACAGCUUCUUCGGCACAUUUUUCAUGGCUCCCGUUUUCUACGGAUGGAUGAAAUACACAAGUCGCUUUUUCAAGAGAAAAGAUUUGAGAACUGCUAUACUGAGAGCAGCUAUUGAGCAAGUGUCUUAUUCGCCACUCGCGAUGGCAUACUUCUUCUUCGGGAUGAGCGCUCUAGAAAUGAAGCCUUUUAAGACGUGCGUGAAUGAAGUGAGGGAGAAGUUUUGGCCGACUUACAAAAUAGGCGUGUUAUUUUGGCCGACGGCGCAGACUGUCAACUUCUACUUCGUGUCUGAAAGGAAUAGGAUCGUGUUCGUGAGCGCGGCCAGCUUCGUGUGGACGGUGUACCUGGCCCACGUGAAAUCGAGGGAGCAGCGGGCCCCGGCGGACGGGCCGAUUGAGCUGAGGUUGAUGGAGCGGAAGGAUCCGGUGAAAUAG